GUUUUAGUUUCGAUGAGGCGGAUUCGCCCGGGCGGUGAGGCCGCUGCGCUCGCCGGACUGUCCGGACUGCAGCCCGGUCAGAGAAGCGGAGGAUGGAGUCUGAUUCUGUGAAGGAGGUGUGUGUGAGUUUGAAGCCGGAGAAGGAGGAGCUGCUGCUGCUGCCUGACGGGGUGGACAGGGUGAUUGUGAUGGAGAGCCCCGCGCCGGUCAGCGAGGUCAGAGAGGUGGCGCAGCCGUCCGCCAUCUCGCGGCCCUACCUCCAUGAGAACCUGCAGUGCUACCAGUGCUUCAUCACCUUCUGCAACUCGAAGGCGAAGGAGCGGCACAUGAAGAAGAGCCACCGCGAGGAGUACAAGCAGCAGCUGCAGAGCGGCGACACGCUGUUCACCUGCUACGUGUGCGAGCGGACCUUCCCCUCCUCCCAGGAGCUCACCCAGCACCAGGGCAGCCACACCAAGGAGGACAAGCCUUUCAAGUGCGCCUCCUGUGAGCAGAGCUUCCGCACCUUCUCCGAGGUCACGGCCCACCGCCGCUCCGUCUGCCGCGAGAAGCCCUGCGUCUGCCCCGACUGCGGCCACAGCUGCAGGACCCCGGCGCUGCUCCGGGCGCACCGGCAGAGCCACCGAGGAGGGGAGGGAGAGGCGGAGAAGACCCACAGGUGCGGGAAGUGCGGGGCCCUGUUCGAAAGCGAGGUGGACUUGAUCGUGCACCAGGAGAAGCACGCCGGGCAGAGCCGGUGUAACGGAAACAGCGCUGCGGGCAACGCCAACGCCGGCCCCAGGAAAAAGAGAGGCAGGCCGCCCAAGGCGAGCAGGGAGAGCGAUGAGGAGGAAGAAGAAGAGGAGGAGGAGGAGGAGGGGAAAAACAAGGGAGGAGGGAGCAAAACUCCCAAACGUGCCAAGAAGCAGCCGGCCCCCAUCCCUGCCCCUGAAGGAGAGCAGAAUGACAGUGAAGGAGGAGGAGGAGAUGAUGAUCAUGCUGAUGAUAAUUCCGAAGACGCCUCCGAGCCCAAGAGCGGUCGGAGGGGCCGGCCGGCCAAGGGCAAGGAGAGGAAGAAUCCGGCUCCGGCCCCUUCUGCAUGCCCGGAGUGCGGGAAGAGCUUCGCCACGGCGGCCCUGCUGAAGACGCACCAGCGGCUGCACCGGGAGAGGAAGGCUCACCCCUGCGCGGACUGCGACGAGAGCUUCGGCAAGCCCGAGCAGCUCAGCGCCCACCAGCAGAGGGCGCACUCCGGGGAGAGGCACACCUGCGCAGAGUGCGGCAAGAGCUUCAGCAGGGAAGGGAACCUGAAGGCUCACCAGAGGACCCACAGCGCCACCGCGGCGGCGGCAGACAGCGCCCCCGCCAGAUAAUCAGGACGGGGGGUGGAAUUGCAACAAAAAAAAUGGGGGGGGGGGGGGGGGGGGGGGUCGGUUCCUUUUUUUUUCGAUUCCAAUUCCUUUUUUAAAAUCCCUGUUUUUUUGUUUUUUUUUUAAGAAAUUGGAAGUUUAUGUUUUAGAGACAUGCUGAUUGUUGUGUGAUUUUUGGUUUGGUUUUAAUCGACUGACAAACGUCGACUUCAAUUGAAGGGAAUGUGUUGCCGCUGUUGUGAGGAGCUCUAUUUUAACAGAAUGAUGCAGAAUUGUGAUUGAAGGGGAGUGGAAAUGGAAUUGAAAAACUAGACGUGACCCCCAGGUAGUAUGCUUGGGGGGGGGGGGGG